AUGGCUGAGAAGGCUAAAAAGGUCAAACGGAGAAAGAGUUUUAGCCUGCUAUUUGGCUCGACAGGGCUGCUGGGCUCUGCCGGCCAGAAUGUGCCAUCACAGUCGCACCCAUAUCCCCAACUCUCUCCGUCCGACGGUCUGCGCAGCCGCAGCCAUGUCGACCUGCGCUGCGAGAACAUAACACGCCGCCGUUGCGGGAGCCGCCCUCGAAGUAGCGGCUCGUUGCUGGGCAUCAUGGGCCUCAGGCAACGCUCCGACAGCUUCAGUGACGUCGACAACUGCCCGCCCAACAUGAUCCGCUCCAAGACACAGUACGCCGCUCGCGGCCGCAUGUCGUCCAGCCCCUUAGCUUUCAAUGAUCAUUCUGUCUCUGAGGCCGACAGCCUCCGCUGGCCUACGCCGAUUCCCCGUACUAGAUCUAAAUCCUUUCAGAAAUCAAAGCGCAAUUCCGUCUUCGGCUCGUUUCGCUCGUUGACCGCGUACAAUGAUGACGACCCUGGCAAAACCCGUUCAAAGGACUCCUCGGGCGAAGAAGACGAGCUCGCCAUUUUUGGAUUCGGAAAUGGCAACACAAAACAACUCAUGGGCACCACCGUGCUGCACCAUGGCGAAGUACAGACCUCCGCCCCCAUGUGGAGGAAAAAGAGCCAGUACUUGGUCCUAACGGAUACACAUCUCGUGCGAUUCAAGAGCCGGUCCAAGGCGGCGGACGUUUUCCCUUCCAUUCCCGUGCAAUGGGGUCGAAAUACUCCCAGUACACUCACGUCUAACCGCCUUUCCGUUGUUUCGCUUGCGUCGCUGCAGGAUGGUGCCGUUUCUGCCAGUGGAACAGAUAUCGGGACCGGAAUUCCUCUAAACCGAAUUCUGGCCGUCCAUAAACUGGACGAUGGCCGGCCGUUCUUCUCUGUUGAAGUGUGCUACAUGGAAGACCGAUCUUCCAAGGCAUUAUCUUUGCAAAUUCAGCUGACAGACCCCCUGGAUGCUGAGCUCUGGCGCUCCGGAAUUCGAGAUGCCGCGGCAGAAGCUAGAGCUACAGCUCCUAUCCCGUUUGAUCCCGAGACCGUUGAAUAUAUUUCACGUACUCUUGACCAGGAACGGGAUUACGACCCAUACUCCAUGUCUAUGCACCGCGUCGUGCGUCGACUGCCGGUAAAACAAAGUGGCCGCGCUUCAACCGACGACUAUACCAAACUUGCAUCAACACCAUGCUACCUGGUAAUAGGAGUCCACAAAAUUCAUAUUCUACCUUUAUCAAGGAUAAGUAACCGUUCAUCCAUGGCAUCUUUAAGCGAACUUGAUAUUGGGCAGUCUUUUGGCAUUUUAUCGUUAGCAGCCCUACAUAUGCAGCGUGGUGACGAUGGACUCCAAUUGCUCUUUCGCCUACCUUUCAAGCCCGCAAUACAGGUACAAUUGUCCUCUGCAUUUUCGGCUGAUAUCGUUCUUCACAUUCGUCAGCGGGCCGAAUAUUUACGGCCUCAGUGGCUCCAGCAACCGUAUACUGUUAAGGUUCCUGGAUGGUUAGAGGAGCAAUUCAUUGCUGCUCCCGCGCAAUCGGAUGAAGAGGAUGGCCACUUCGAUCGCACUUUGACAGCGUAUUGCGCCGCAUAUGACGUCGAUGCUUCGAAUAUCCGAUACUCGAUCGAUUACUCCUGUGAGGAUGCGCCGAGCUUUCAAUUACUCCCGCCAGCCGGUUCGAAGGACGGGCGAGGCUACUGUGUUUUCGAAUUACUGGCAGUUCUGAGGGCUUUGCGCUAUAACGAAUCAUUCAGAACCGUCUCCUUUGAAGGUGUUAAUUUGGACGUGCUUCAAAACCUAUACGACCCGUAUGGGUUCGAUUACGAUGCGCUGCGCACUCGCUCGAAUUUGCUGCUAGAUAUUCCUGGGCAAGAGGAAAUUUCUGUCUUAACGCAAGAGAUCAGGGCAUUAGCUUUAAAAAGUAAUGAAUUGCGGCGGUUGAACUUUGCGUUUUGUCUUACUCGAGUACCAACUAGUGAAAAAGGCGAAGUUGACCCUGGGUGUGGCAUCCCGGAAGCCAUAUUCCCGUUGUGUCGACGCAGACUUACUCAGGUCGAUUGGGUCGUGUUAAAUGGUAUUAAACUCGGUGACUCCGACCUAGAUUACUUGGUUGAUGCCGCAUCUCAAGCGGCAUCACAAUUUCGCGCCCUUGAAAUAAGCCAUUGUGGCAUUUCCAUCCAUGACCUUGAUCUAAUACUAUCAACAAUGACUACUCAAGAAUCCACUCUUGAGGCGAUCAAUAUCUCUGGAGUCCAAGGCCGACUAAGUGCGGAACUGUUCCAGCAGCAGAUUGGCUACUUCGCACACAUUCGCAAGAUCAAUCUUUCGCAUAUCUCAAGAAACACCGGCCCCGAGCCCCUUAUAGCCCCUGAGACGUUACUUAAUUGGGAAUUGGAGGAGCUAUCUUUGAGCCAUACCGUUGUGAACGAGAAGACUGUGGACUCCAUUGCCGCCUACCUGGCUAGCAAGAAGUCAAACAAGCUGCGUGAGUUGAGACUGGAUCAGUGUGGUCUUACAGGAAGGGAUGUAGCAACAUUCUUGUAUUUCAUGGUCGACGACUCCGGAAAGCCGCGCAAUAUCCAUCUUCAUGUUAGUGAGAACAGGCUUCAUGUUGAUUACUCCUUGCUCUUUGGAUCCAUCGCCCAAGGGAAAACCCCAACGCACCUGACGAUGAGAAUGAUGGAUUUCCAGAAAGAGGACCAUUUCCGACAACUGAUAGAAGCUCUGAGAAAAAACAAGUCUUUAAAAUAUGUCGAUAUUUCAAAGGCGUCGCUACCCUACGAUGCGGGCCCUGAGACAUGCAAAGCGCUGCAGGUAAUGUUCGAGGAGAAUACGACUAUAGAAGAGCUAGAUAUCAGCGGAGAAUAUGCUCAUCUGGAUGUAGCCCGGUUUGGAAUCGGGUUAAAUCUGGCUUUAACCGGGCUCAAGAAGAAUACGACCCUCAAGGUGUUAAAGAUUGAGCAUCAGAAGUUGGGACUGCAGGGAGCCAAUACACUUGCUUCUGUGUUAGAGGAGAACGACUCUCUUCUUGAAGUGCACUGCGAUAAUAACGAACUUAACCUGCAGUCUUUUACUGUCUUAGUAAAUGGAUUGCGGAACAAUAACACUCUGCUGCAUCUGCCAUGCAUGACUCGGGACAGAGAACACGCGAUGGAGAAAGUUCGUCGUGAGAUAAAAUCAGUCAAUACAGCCCCAAAGCGAAGGAAUUCAACUACGGCAGCAGCUGGCUCCUUUCGUCGGACAGUCCAGGCCGCCGUGCAUAGCGCUGGACCAAACAGUACCAGGCUAACAAAAUCGAAUAAGAAUCGACAAACUGAUGUUGUCCCGAUGCUGUCUACCUCACCCUCGGCUUCUGCCCCUGAUUCCGAGUUUAAUAGUCCCCAGAUUCAAGCUAUGCUCCAGUCUUUGGCUGAAAAAUGGGAUCUCGAAGAUGAGCGUCUACAGUGUUAUCUGUACCGAAACUAUCAUCUUGCACAAGGGGACAUGCAGCCCGCCGAGGAUAACAUAACCGAUAUGCAGGAUACAGCUAGUGAUGAUCGGCCGAAAUCGGUGGCGAGCUUGAGAACCUUCCUUGAACAGUUUUCUUUCGAAUCGGGGCUAGAGCAACAAGAAUUGUACGACGAUGAAGGCCUUGUGAUGCGGGCUAGGCCAAAAGAUGACAUGACGAUGGCCGCUUUUCUUGUGCCCAUGCCUCCACCACUGUCUAGAAAGCUCUCCGAUAUUGUAUCUCUCCCCUCUCCCACACAGAAAGCUGUUGAAAGUUCUUCGUACCCGUUCCCAUCAUUAGCCGAUAACGGCGCCGUUUCCUCUGCCGACCCUGAAGCCUCGGCCCCUAUUUCCGCUCUACCCCGUCCAACCGCGAUGCGAAGCCAAACCAACACAAGCUUCCGCAGCGCAUUAUCUAGCAACGUUAGCGAUGCUUCAACAGUGGGCCUUCGCAAGACCGGCAGCAGUUCGAGAUUGAACAGCGCCUCGUCAUCGCUGAGGAGUAUCCUCAGCUCUCGAUCCCAUGCAGAUAGGUUAAUAGCGCGGAAAAACACCAACCGAAUGACCGUCACGUUUGCGCGUGCGCCGCGACUGGAAUUGGACCUUCCAAGCUUGGAUUUGACUUGA